AUGGCCAGUCUACGUCCAGUCUUCAUCAAUCAGGAGCCGUCAAGUAUGUCACCGGAAGAUCAAGGCUCACCGACGCAGCGAGAGCGCACUCUCACCUUCGAAAACAUGCCGGCAGAGGUGCGCAACAUCAUCUACGCAAUGGCUUUGACGUCACCGUCGGAAGAAAGCAACAGUAUCCUCACCGCAUAUCUCAACCUGUCGUUCAAUGAACGCCGCGAGCCUACACGGGAAGACAUCAAACGCGAUCAGCGCCCCCAAGCUGUACGCCCGCUGGCCUCGCAACUACUGCGAGUCUCCAGGUCGGUGAAUCAAGAAGCGACGCCCAUCCUCUACGGAACAAACCUAUUGAGUGUGGACGCCGAACAGCUCAAGAAGUUCUUCGACACCAUCGGCGCUUCCAUCAAGUACCUCCGCCACAUUGAAAUUGAGCUGAGAAACUACGGUUACCAGAGCGAGGUCAAAGCGGCUGUCAACUUACUGUCAGCGACUACGGCACUUCGAAGCCUCAAGAUCACCUACAUCCAUUACCCUGGCCCACGCAUAUUCGCCAAGAACAUGGCCCGCGACUUGAAGCCUUUCGUGCAGCAGUUGAUGGAAGCACGCGCGUCGAGAAGCGAUACCGAAGCUUUCGCAUCGAGGAAGGACACGGAGCCACUCAGCACGGACGAGUACUCAGACAUGGUGAGCUUCAGCAUGCCCAUGCUAGGAAAAGAACGCCACUUCAACACCGAGUACAAGGAGACCAUGAUGAAGUUGCUCGACCAGGACAAGCGUAAGGAGCACCGCAAGCUCAAGUUCUGA